ACACAGGGCCUGAAGGAACACAGGUCUCAGGCCUUCUAUGUCUGCUUGAAGAACUCUCAGAAUGGAAGCCAUCGAACCCAAUGUGGAGGUCCAGAGUCCUUUUUCUGUGCGACAUGGGAGCGCGAAUCGACUGUGUAGAUAAGCUAAAAGCCUCCCCACUUCAAAGAUGACCUCGUCACUGUGACUCCGUUCAGAGAUACACAGACAUCUGGAGCCUGGGUCCUACACAAGACACCCAGCCUCGUAGAAGAGAGACUUGUGGACCUUGUUUUGAGCCCCCUUACUAUCUGAGUACCCCUUGGGGAAGAUGCAACAGAAGGCCGAUUGGAUUGCUGGUUUGUGAUUGGUUGUUCCGAGCAAGGCUAGACCAAUAAGAGGCAGAAGUUUUCGCUUCCGCGGAGCAAGUAUUGUUGCCGCUGAUUGGCUGGAGCGGCCGAGGGAGGAAAAUGGCUGCGAAUUCUUCGGUAGUCUCGGUGGCAGCGGCCGCCACGACGGUGCCGGGCGUGUCCACUGUCGCGGAUUUCUCAGACUUGCGGGAAAUUAAAAAGCAGCUGCUGCUCAUCGCGGGCCUCACUCGGGAGCGGGGCCUGCUGCACAGCAGCAAAUGGUCUGCGGAGUUGGCCUUCUCUCUGCCCGCCUUGCCUUUGUCUGAGCUGCAGCCGCCGCCGCCUCUUACAGAGGAGGAUGCACAGGAUGUGGAUGCUUACACCCUGGCCAAGGCCUACUUUGACGUUAAAGAGUAUGACCGGGCAGCACAUUUCCUGCAUGGCUGUAAUAGCAAGAAAGCCUAUUUCCUGUACAUGUAUUCCAGAUACCUGUCUGGAGAGAAGAAGAAGGAUGACGAAACAGUCGAUAGCCUAGGACCCCUAGAAAAAGGACAAGUCAAAAACGAGGCUCUCCGAGAACUGAGAGUGGAACUCAGCAGGAAGCACCAAGCUAGGGGACUUGAUGGGUUCGGCCUUUACCUGUAUGGGGUGGUGCUUCGGAAACUGGACUUAGUGAAAGAGGCUAUUGAUGUGUUUGUGGAGGCUACUCAUGUUCUGCCCUUGCACUGGGGGGCCUGGUUGGAGCUGUGUAACCUGAUCACAGACAAAGAGAUGCUGAAGUUCCUGUCUUUGCCUGACACCUGGAUGAAGGAGUUCUUCUUGGCUCACAUAUACACAGAAUUGCAGCUGAUAGAGGAGGCCUUGCAGAAGUACCAGCAUCUCAUUGACGUGGGCUUUUCCAAGAGCUCAUACAUUGUUUCCCAAAUCGCAGUUGCCUAUCACAAUAUCAGAGAUAUCGACAAAGCCCUUUCUAUUUUCAAUGAGCUGAGGAAACAAGAUCCUUACAGGAUUGAAAAUAUGGACACGUUCUCCAACCUUCUCUAUGUCAGGAGCAUGAAGUCUGAAUUGAGUUACCUGGCACAUAACCUCUGUGAAAUUGAUAAGUACCGAGUAGAGACAUGCUGUGUAAUUGGCAAUUAUUACAGCUUACGCUCCCAGCAUGAGAAAGCAGCGUUGUAUUUCCAGAGAGCCCUGAAAUUGAAUCCUAGGUACCUUGGGGCCUGGACGCUGAUGGGGCAUGAGUACAUGGAAAUGAAAAACACAUCUGCGGCUAUUCAGGCUUACCGACAUGCCAUUGAGGUCAACAAGAGAGACUACAGAGCUUGGUAUGGCCUUGGGCAGACCUACGAAAUCCUUAAGAUGCCAUUUUAUUGCCUUUAUUAUUAUAGACGGGCCCACCAGCUUCGGCCCAACGAUUCUCGUAUGCUGGUUGCCUUAGGAGAAUGUUAUGAGAAACUCAAUCAACUAGUGGAAGCCAAAAAGUGUUAUUGGAGAGCAUACGCUGUGGGAGAUGUGGAGAAAAUGGCUCUGGUGAAGCUGGCCAAGCUUCAUGAACAGUUGACUGAGUCAGAGCAGGCUGCCCAGUGUUACAUCAAAUACAUCCAAGAUAUCUAUUCCUGUGGGGAAACAGUGGAGCACUUAGAGGAGAGCACAGCCUUCCGCUACCUGGCCCAGUACUAUUUUAAAUGCAAGCUGUGGGAUGAAGCUUCAACUUGUGCCCAAAAAUGUUGUGCAUUCAAUGAUACCCGGGAAGAAGGUAAGGCCUUGCUCCGCCAGAUCCUACAGCUGAGGAACCAAGGGGAGACACCCACCUCUGACACGCCUGGUACCUUUUUCCUCCCUGCCUCACUGUCUGCAAACAACACUCCCACACGCAGAGUUUCUCCACUCAACUUGUCUUCAGUCACACCAUAGUUGACUACUCUCAAGUCAGACCAAUAUUAAACCUUACCUCCAGUAAAGAACAGCCACGUCUGUUCUCCCAAGGACCUAAGCUCUUCUCCUUUCUAUAGACAGAAACAGCCUGAGGGACAGCCUAUGGAGCCACCUUCAGAGGCAGGCAGAUACAUGGCAGGGGACAGACUGUCUUCUGCCAGCCAACAACUCUUCCUUCUAUUCAGAAUGGCAGGUCUUGGCCUUCCUAGUCUCUCCACUCCCUCAGAAGCGAUGCCACUGAAGCAAGGUUUCAGUGCUGCGAGUUGGGUGGGCAAGGAACAGAGCAAAGUUCAUCAUGCUUGUCCUCUGCAAGCAGGGAGGUUAGCUUUGAACAAUGACUUUUUUUAAAGCAGGGUUUCUCUGUAUAGCCUAGCCUGAAGCUUUUCUGCCUCAGCCUCCCUAAUGACAGGAUUACAGGAAUAUGCCACGAGGCAUGGCUAGAAGAAUACCUUUCUUUUACUGACAGUCAGAGUUCUGAUGCCAGAGAUUAGGUUUAAAUUGAGUGGAGCUAUCUGUGAUCUUGUGGAGAGUUUUCAAAAGAAGCUGCCUAAAACCCUCCAAGUGAGAGUCUCAGUGAGCAUGAACUGGCUCACAUGAGGGGCCAGCGGGCCACAGCUAUAUACCAGAUGAAAGCAACCCGAGGAGACAACUUCAUGGACAUUUUUGAAAGGAACUUUUUUACUUCAGAUAUUAAAGUUUAUGCUGGUAUCUUUUAGUAAAUGCUUGAUGUAAAUUUUUUUUUUUUAAAUCUCCAAAAAGGUUUUCAACCUUACCUACAAGGUUGAAGGAGUCAUCCUUUUUUCUAGGUUUCAGAUACCCUUGAUGUCUGCUAUAAUGAGCUCGUGCAGUAGGUGCUAUAGACCAUUCUGUGUUUAGGAUCUAGCUUUCCUUCUCUUGUACCAGAACAUUUAUAUUCUCCUCUUAAUGGGAGGAAUAUCAGCUGGGUGUGGUACAUUGGUGCAUGUCUUUAAUCCCAGCAUUUCGGAGACAGAGGCAGGUGGAUGUUUUAACAUAGCAACUACCAGGCCAGACAGAGCUACCCUUUGGGUAUCUCAUAGCGUUUUACUCAUUUCCUAGCAUGCACUAGGCUGGGUUCCCACUGCUGUUCCCGUCCAAGGGCCCAACAGGCCAGAUGGUAUUUAUAUCAAUUUUCUGUCCCCCUUUUAUAUUUUUCUAAAUUUGGAAUCCAAAUAAAAGCAUAAACAAUGUCUUUAUUCCAUAUAAUAUUUGUGCAUUAAGAACAAGAUUGCAUAGGUGAAUAUAAUACAGUCAUUCUGAAUACAGUCUGAGUACAUGCUCAAGCCUAAGAGACCGACCUAGCAGCUGAGCAACCGCAGGGCAACAACCAUGCAUCUUCAUCCCCACAACUUUAGUAUUUUUUGCCAAAGGGAGAUUUGAGUAAAGGAGAAUGCCGUGAGCGCAAGAUCCGUGCGUAAGGGCUGCUGUCUGUCGAGCUUUGGCAGGUAGGUGUCCGGGGAAGUAAGUGUCGUAGGAAUGGUUUCUUCCCUGGGGGUUGAUGAUUCGGUUGCUGGUUUUCCUGGUUUGCUCCCAGUCGCUUUUUGGCAGAGGCUUGGCCUUGGAGCUUCAGCACAGUCUGAUACUGCUCGGCAAUGCAGGCUGCCUUUUUCUGAAGGUCCAGUUUCACUAGCAUCAUGUUAUUCUGUAGCUCGGCCAGGGUCUGGUUCUAAAGAGCAUCAGAGUUAGAGAAGACAUCACUGUUAAGGGACCUGGUGCCUUGUUUGUUCAUCACUUUAAGGCAUCAGGUAUCAUCGGCAGUGAGAAAUGCAUAGCUUAGUAGAGGGAGGGCCUGCUUAGCAUACAGGAAGCCCUGGACUUCGUGAGAUUAGCUUUAUUUUUUUUUUUACUAGGACACCUUUUUCUUCGGUUUCCCUCUCACGUUCACACUGGAGUGGGCUGGAACAGAGCAGGAUAAAGGGCAGGCUCUCUAGGCUGUCCUUACCUGUUUGAUUAAGAUGUCAUCGCAGUUAGUUAAUGCUUGACGAAGUUUUCCUGCUCCUGUGCUGUGGCAACAGGCUCUCUCUGCUGACUGCAGAGACUGUCCUAGCUCCUGGAGCUCUGUCCGUAGCAGCCUUAUAUUCUGAAAGAGUAGGAAUCAGAUUGUGGCCAAAAUCAGCCACAGCAGCCAUUUGAAGGCAGACUUACAGAGGCUGGGGGCUGGUGAGGGCACCCAAGCUUGACAAUCUGAGUUAAAUCUAGGAACCCACAUGGUGGAAAGAGAGAAUCAUUCUUCUGUCUUCCACACCACUACAUACAAAUAAAUAAAUGUGAAGCAAAAUUGGGCUGGUUUUCAUUCCUCAGGAUUCUUGCACCAAAAAUAAAAAAACAAAAAACAAAAAACAAAAAAACAAAACAAAAAAGAAAAACACCUUCUUCUCACUUAAAUCCCUGAUAAAGGUUUUGAAACAGAAUAAGGUUAAAUACCUUCUGGCCCUCCUCUAACUUCUUAUCCACAUCGAUGGUGAAAGGUUUGGCUGUGGGUGGUGGUUUUAACAUCUGCUGGUACUUCUGCAGCUCUGAGGGGAGACACAGGAUGUACAGAUAACAUGUAAUGCAUGGGUUGUUCAGCUUGGGGCUUUAACAGUAGCAGCGUAAGAUGUGAGUUGGAGUUAGGACUGAGUGAAUGCCAGCUUCUCCCUCACCACCCACCCCCACUGUCAGGCCCCGCCCCCCUCACCUGCGGUGGUAGAGCCUAACUCUGUUUUGCAUUGCUCUAGUUCAGCUUUAACUUCCUGGAGCUGCUGAGAGGAGGCAGAGGCUGCCAACCUUUGUGACCGCCGGAGGGACAGUUCACACCCCCCUGACUGUUGUGCCACUGGCUGCUGUUUGGCUUCCUGCAAGAGAGUUUCUAGCUCUUCAAUUUUUUCAUCCCGCUCCUAAGAGGGAAGCAGAGAGCACAGUUCUGUCUAGGGUCAGACAAAUACCAAAGGACCAGACUAAAAGAACAUAAGCACCUACGCGCGACAUUAGCCCAUUAGCACACUUUCACGGUGGACUCAUCCCUAAACUCAAACUCAGUAGCUGCAAGGCACUAAGGGAAACUAAUAAAAACGAAUUCUAUAUUA